UUGGAGCGCUUUUGUCCCGUUCAUCCGGACUUUCUCCUUUGGCCACCCUUCAGCCUUUGCGAUCUGGCCGAUCUGGCCACUAUGGGCAGACCUCUCCGGGACGAAGGUAGUCAUGGCAUGCUGCAGGUUUGUCUCCAGGGCGUCUGCAACCUUCCCCUUAGGUGUUCGAACUUGCUAUACAAAUACACGGAAUGCCUUAAAAAUCAACAAAGAUACUAAGGUUAUAUGUCAAGGCUUUACUGGCAAACAGGGUACAUUCCACAGUAAGCAGGCACUAGAGUAUGGCACUCGGCUCGUUGCCGGGGUGUCCCCUGGUAAAGGUGGCCAGACUCAUUUGGGUCUCCCAGUCUUCAACAGUGUCAAAGAGGCUCGGGCAGAAACGGGAGCUGAUGCAAGUGUCAUCUACGUGCCUGCCCCCGGCGCUGCCAAGGCCAUCUUAGAGGCCAUGGAAGCUGAAAUCCCAUUGGUCGUUUGCAUCACUGAGGGAAUCCCACAGCAAGACAUGGUGCGUGUCAAGAACCAGCUUGUUCAACAGAGCAAGACACGCCUUGUUGGGCCGAACUGCCCCGGCAUCAUAAAGCCUGAAGAGUGCAAGAUUGGCAUCAUGCCCGGCCACAUUCACCAGAAGGGCAAGAUUGGCAUUGUGUCGAGAUCAGGCACUUUGACCUAUGAGGCGGUACAUCAGACAACACAAGUGGGCCUUGGCCAGUCACUGUGUGUUGGAAUUGGUGGAGACCCCUUUAAUGGGACCAACUUCAUUGACUGCAUCGACAUCUUCUUGAAAGACCCAGACACAAAGGGUAUUAUACUCAUAGGAGAAAUUGGUGGGAAUGCCGAGGAAAGUGCUGCUGAAUAUCUCGAAAAGCACAAUUCGGGCACAAACGCCAAGCCUGUGGUGUCCUUCAUUGCGGGCCUGACAGCACCACCAGGUCGGCGAAUGGGGCAUGCAGGUGCCAUCAUAGCCGGUGGCAAAGGAGGUGCAAAGGAAAAAAUAGAAGCCCUCAAGGCAGCCGGCGUCACCGUCACCAAAUCGCCUGCCCAGAUGGGGGCUGCCAUGCUGCAGAGAUUCUUGGAAAAUGAAAAUGUUGGACAUUGUAAGUAUGUGAAGCUGGCUGCAUGCCACUGAUUUGGCUGGGAGUUGCGUUGAAAGAGCUCUGUGCACUAUUGCAGGCUGCGUUGCACAAUUUUUAGUUUGUUCUGCUGAUUUUAUAGUAAUGACCAAAGAGGCCACCAUCUUUCUUUUCCUGCAUGUAAGCAGUACUUGGCUGUGUAGCUGAACAAGCCCCAUCAAAACCUUAAAUGCCUUCUCCACGAUGCAUAAUUGCCUUGGAACGUGGCGGCCAGCACGUAGUACAAACACACUUACACAGAAAGCACAAAAACAAAUGAAAGCUUUACACUUGUGCAGAUAUGUGUAAGAUGAGAAAAAAAAUAUCCAAAUGGUUUAAAAAGCAGUCUGCUGACAUUCCAUCUUGAAUUCCAACUGAAGCAGUCAUGUUUUACUGCACCAGAGGACAAAGUUUUAUUUGUGCCGUGUACUGCGUAGUGCUCCUGUGCUCCUGACAAAACAUGGCAGUUCACCUUCAGCCAAUACGUGAAUUGUGGAACUGAAAAGUGCAACCUGGUGUUCUUUGCUUGAGCACUGCACUGAACAAUUUUAGGCUACUGAGCUAGACCACAAGGAAAAAAAUUUUUGGUGGCUUCUGUCUACCAAAAACUUUAUUUAGCUGUGCAUUCAACCACAUAUAACACGUCCAUACUGUCAAACUCUCGCAGUGCAUAAUUCUGGUCAGUCUAAACAAAUCUCAAAGCUUUGGUUGGCCCUUACGUUUUUAAAAGGCACACUAUAAAAAGAAAUAUUAUGUUGAGCAGUAUCACUAGUGUACACUUCUACAAUUGCAAAUAAGUUAGUCUUAACUUUUUUACUGGCGCUCACCGCUUAGUUGGCAUUAAUCUCUUCAUCGUAACCACCUGUAACGAAAAGCGCUCACUUCAUCCUUCAUCAGAACAUUGCAUUGCCUGCUGGAGUGGCCCAUCAAGGAAUGAUGUUGUGCGCUGUUGGAUAAGCUUACCCAAUGGCAUACACAUUUCUACCUCAUAAAUAUAUGUCCAAAUUAGUCUUUCAAAUAUGGGCUGUCAUUGAAUGUUCUAUAUGUGGAAUGUAUACACAGAGAGAUACACAAUUACCUAAACAAGAUGUCAAAGCACAUUAGCUCAGCUGUCACCAGUGUAUUUUUUUAGUAAGCAGUCAUUUUCAUCUCAGAGGAGGGCAGCAUGGACCAAUAAUAAAUGUACUUGUUAAAGUAGACAAGGCCACCAGUAUGUGUCCGAUAUUGCCACAUUCUCCACAUAGUGCUAUCACACCUUUACCACGAGUCUUCGGGCCCAACAGUGUUUUCUUUCAUAUCUUUUUACUGGAACAGCAGCACUUGACACAUGCAUAAUAUUGGCUA